CGACAAACAAUCGAUGGGACUGGGACAACACUAAUUAAUGACAAAUGUGAUAGUUUUAGUUAUUUACAACAAAAUAAAACAUCAAAAAAUAUACUUCUUCAUAAGAAAAUGUCUUGUAAUGCUUGCGCAAAAGUUUUCAAUUUAUUUAGGAAAGAGAAAGGGUGUCCAAGUUGUGGUUUUAGUUAUUGUUCUAAAUGUUUGGAGAACAAGAUUUAUGUUGAGAAAUUAAAAGCAGAGGCUAAGGUGUGUAUGAAAUGUGUUAAACCUUCACAUGUACCAAAGGUGAUUGAACCACCAGACACAUAUUACAAGAGACUAGGACUGAAUAUGAGUGAUAAUAGUACAACCUCCAAAGACCAUGAAAUACAAGAAAGAUUGCAAAAAUUAAAGCAAAAUGAAAAGCCAAUGGUGAGCCUGGAAGAGGAAAUAGCGGCAAGGUUGAAAAAUAUCAAAGGGGAUAUACCUUCUACUUCAGAUGCAGAACUAGCACAGAGAUUAGCCAACCUUAGAGGAGUGCCUAUUAGCACACUACAAAGUAAGCCAGUGCUAUCCAUAGUCCCAGAAAUGAGAACUGAGCAGGAGCAAGCUAAUGAUUUACUAAAACAAUACAUGGAGCAGGCUCAAUUAGAUGGACAAUAUAAGAAUGAGUUUGAUUCAUUGAUAAGUGACAUGGAAGCCAGGGUACAGAGAUUGAAAGAUGGCAGACCAAUGGCAAAGACUACAAAUGAUCCUGCCACAGCUGCAUCUGAUUCUGAAGACGAGGAGAUUGUGAAAAAAAUUGUAGGAAAGAUUAAAGUUGAGGCCAACCUGGAAGAUGAAGAAAACUCUUUAAAAGAAAAUGAUGAAUUGCCAUUCUGUGAAAUUUGUAACGAAGAUGCUAAAAUGCGAUGUCUAGGUUGUCGUUAUUUAUUCUGCAAGAGGUGUUUCUUGGACCACAAAGAUGAUGAUGAUGGCUGUGAUAGAUAUGAGCCUUAUAAACACCAAUAAAUCAUACAAAAUUCAUAAAGAUACUUUUAUUUUUACUUAUUAUUCUUAAAAUAUUUUAUAUACUUAGUUAAAAAUAAAAAUCAUAAUUUAUUUUACUUGCUUUA